AAGAAAAAUAACCCCUCAGAACCAAUCUUCCUCUUUCUCCUUCUUAAAUAUAUUUAUGGAUUAAUUCAUUGUAUCUUCCAUUUUAAGGUUGCCACCCUCUUCUCCAUUGAGAAGGUAUUAUAUAACUCUGUCCUAAUGAUGACAACGGAAUUUUGAAUCCUACGAAUCAAAGCAGUCCUACGUCGCAGGUUAGAAUGCUUUAGUUGAACCAGAACUAUGUUUGCUACUCGUGGUGCCCAUCGAUUCACCAAAAAGCUUCAGCCUUUUCUCGGUUUUCCUGUCAAGAGCUGUUUGUUUAGCAAAACUAUAAUUAACCAUGUACAUUCCUUUACGCAAUCAAAACAGAGGAGACCUGUACAACAAGUUAUUCGACUGGGGAGCAAGUCCACCAAAUCUGUUCAGAAGCAAGACAUAGAUGUCCCUAAAGUUUUCAUGAGGGAUACAAUUACAAGAAUAUCACACAUACUGAAAUUUUCAACUUGGGAUUCUGCUCAGGAGCAGUUGAUGAAACUUCCCAUAAAAUGGGAUUCCUACACUGUCAAUCAAGUUCUCAAGACCCAUCCUCCAAUGGAGAAAACCUGGUUGUUUUUCAGUUGGGCGUCUAAAUUAAAAAGCUUUAAGCAUGACCAGUUUACCUACACGACUAUGUUGGAUAUUUUUGGGGAAGCUGGAAGGAUUUCAUCCAUGAACUAUAUCUUUAAGCAGAUGCAAGAGAAAGGAAUCAAGAUAGAUGUAGUGACCUAUACAUCCCUUCUUCACUGGCUUUCCAACCAUGGGGACAUUGAUGAGUCGAUUAAAUUGUGGCAGGAAAUGAAAGAUAAAGGUUGUGUUCCUAAUGUUGUUCGCUACACUACAUACAUGAUAUGUUUGUUUGAUCACAAUCGAGUUAAGGAAGGAACUAAGAUAUACAAGGAGAUGCUUCAAUCUGGUUGUUCUCCCAACUGCCACACAUACACUGUCCUUAUGGAGCAUCUUGCUAGUUCUGGAAAGUUUGAUGGAGUUCUUGAGAUUUUCAGUAAAAUGCAAGAGGCAGGGGUCCAACCAGAUAAAGCUACAUGCAACAUUUUAGUGGAAAAAUGCUGCAAAGCUGGGGAAACACAAGCAAUGAUGAAAAUUCUUCACUACAUGAAGGAGAAGUUUCUUGUUCUGCGUUAUUCUGUCUAUCAAGAGGCUCUCCACACGUUGAAGAUGGCCGGGGUGAGUGAUCGGCUACUUAGGGAUGUUAACCGUCAUCUGUCCUUAGAAGAAUUCAACCAAGAUCAGAUUGACGAAUCAGAUAGAACUGCUGAAAGUAGUCACUUUACUUUGGAUGAUAGGAUGAUUUUGUACUUGUUGAAUAAGCAAAGUCUUCUUGCUGUUGAUUACCUACUAGAUAGCUUGAUGGAUAAGCGUCUCAAAUUGGAUACUGGAAUAAUCUCAACUGUAGUUGAGGUAAACUGUAACCGUGGUAGAGUAAAUGGUGCUUUUUUGGCCUUCGAAGUCAGUGUGAAAUUGGGCAUAACCAUUGAAAGAAUUACGUAUCUCACCAUGGUGGGCGAACUUAUUAGAACAAAUUCAUUUUCAAGGGUGGUGGACAUUGUUGAAGCAGUGGUUGGGGCAGGCCUAUCAUUAGGGUCAGAACUAACUGCUCUUCUGAUACAUCGGCUUGGCUGUGCUAGAGAGCCUACUUCUGCUGAAAAGUUAUUUAGCAUCAUACCUGAUCAGCAGAAGAGUAUUGCUGUAUAUACUGCUUUAAUAAACACCUACUUCACUUGUGGGAAUGCUGAUAAAGGGCUUGAAAUAUUUGAGACCAUGAGAAAGCAAGGGAUAAAUGUGGCCUUAGGUACAUACUGUGUCCUGUUGAAUGGUCUUGAAAAAAAUGGCUUAUUUGAUAAAUUACAAUCUUAUAGGAAAGAAAAGAAAAUAUUUAAAUCUGAAAGCUGCAGUAGAGAAAUGUUAAUGGAGGAAACAGUGUGUGAUCUUCUUUUUGCUGGAAACUUAGACGGUUGAGAUGCAAGAUAUGGGUCUCUGGACACUUUUCAUGACUGAUUGAAGUAUUUGGUGUACAAAUUAGCCGUUGGUUCAUAGCUUGAGUUGUACUAGAUGUA